AUGAAUAUACUGCUUGAAAUGGUGCUGGUGAAUCUUUUAAAGGAUUUAAAAAUAAAAUCCAUUGUCUCUCCGUGGCAAGAGGGUGAAAAAAUCACUGGUGGUCCUAGUGGUUCACCUGGCACAAAUGACUCCAAUACUUCUGAUAAUGGUAAAAAAAGAAAGAAUGACGGAGAUGGUGAUUCACCCGAAGCAAAACGAUUACGAACUGAGGAAGUUAAAAAUAAUGUUCAACAAUCAAUUUCCCAAAAAAAUGAGGAAGGGUCUCAAAAAUUGAAUGAAUUACUAAAUCGAGCCAAAGGUACUAAUGAUUAUGAAGAAUUAAAAGGCAUUCUCCAAGAAAUUUCUAAGUUUGAAGGAGAAGAAUUUUAUGUUGCUCACCAAAACGAGGUAAACAAAGAAAGAAAUAAAUUAGGUAGUUUGAAUGAAAGCAAGUUUAGAAAUGACGUGGUUAAAGAAUUAGAAGAUAAAUUGGCCGCUAAUGGUAUUGACGAAAACAAAUUAAGCGAGGAACAAAGGAGCAAAGUUAAUAAACUAAAAAAUGGGGAGUAUACUGAUAUUAAUAAAAUAAAUGAAGUGGUAAAUGAAAUUUCAGAAAGUGCCAAUAAAGAAGGAACAAAAAGUCGCUUAAAUGAACUGCUAGCCAAAGCCGAAGCCUUAGUCAAAGGAACAAUCAAAGGCUCAAUUGAUUCCCUCAAAAAGCAGGCCAAAGAAGUGCAAGAGGGCUUAUACAGUUUCGUUUAUGACACUAAUUCCUACAAAAAGGAUGUUUAUCAAUCUAAUCAGGAAAAGAUCACUUCCGCACUAAAAGAAUUAGAAAAUCACUCCUUCAAUAACACUAAUCAACCAGAAAAAUCAGGUUUCUUCCGCCCAGAAGUAAUUGUUCCUGUUUCUCUUUUAGUAGUCUUGGCAGUAGCCGCUAUAGUAAUAGUGAGAAGAAAAAAGCAGGCAAAAGUAAAAUAG